UUCAUUUCUUGGAUCUUCAAUUCACAGGUUCAAUCUCCUUCCUGCCUUCAUAUUCUUCAGCCAAAUGAUCUCUAUUUCCUUUCCAUUUACGUGCCCGACGAUGCCGUACGAAGUACCACGCCAACCCCUACGCCAAAGAGCAUGUCUUUCGGACAGGUUUCACUGUUUUCAAUCUUCUUCCACAAAUAAGCUGUGGCCCAGAGACCAGCCUACAUUGUCGGUGGCAUGCAAAUGCAGUGCUCAAGGAUUAGGGUCAGAAGAUGAUGAUCGCAGAGCUCUGGAAACAGUUCUCAAGCUUUACAAGGCAAUCAAGAAUAAGAACUUCAAUGAACUGUCUGAUAUAAUUGGAGAAGAAUGCCUAUGCAAUUGCAAUUUUGUCUCCACCUUCCACCCUUUUCAUGGUAAGGAGCAAGUAUUGGGAUUCUUCUCUUCUCUCAUGAAGAACUUGGGAAAUAACAUUGAAAUCGUGGUGAAGCCGACAUUCCAUGACGGAAUGAAUGUUGGUGUAUCUUGGAAACUAGAAUGGGGCAAGAAUCGCGUCCCUCUGGGCAAAGGUCUGAGCUUCUACACUUGUCACAUUUAUCAGGGAAAGGUGGUCAUAAAUAACGUAGAUAUGUUCUUGGAGCCAAUCCUUCAUAUUGAACCCCUCAGACUGAAAACAAUUACAUCAUUGACGAGUGCCAUGGACGACAUCUAUUCCAGGGCUUCAUUUCAAGGAAAGGCAAAAGCAGCAAUGAAAAUUUUCUUCAUUUUAUUUCUCGUGGCCGCAUUACUGUACUAUCUCAGGCAUCGUUUCUAGGCAUGUAUGUAUCCAUGGAGUCGAGAAGUACUGGUAGGGGUGACAGUUUCAAGGCUAAAAGAAGAACAUCAUUCUUUGCAAUUAACCAUUCAUCAGACAGCAGCGGCAAAUGUAGAGUUAUCAAUGCCAAAAAUUAAUGAGAAAUUACAUGUUUGGACUGCAUAAAUUAGAUCCAA